AUGCACACAAUGCACCACACUUUACGACACCUCCUCCUAAAGGCAAACGGAGGAGGGACCUUGAUUAUCGGGAAAAUGGUGGCCAAAGAUGGUUUAUUCACACUGCUAUUUGCAAUACUAAUUGUAAAUGUUCAAAGUUGCAUUUUGCUAGCAAAAGAUAACCAUGGAGAUAUGAAGGUGAACGGUUAUGGACUUCACAGAGAACUGAAACUACCUGCAUUCAUUCAAACUCAAUCCAGAAUUCCUCAAUGCCGAAUUCUCUACAAAAUCGAGAUUCCGGAAGGUGUCUAUGUUGAUGAAAGAGAGUUACAAAGUGCAAGGUUUGGCUAUGAUUUUAUAGUUUUACCGGUAAAGAAAACCAAUUCACAAAUGCUCUUUGCCAUCAAGAAAAAGCUUUACCUAUCAACAUUUGAGAUGAAGAAUCUUCUAAAAAUCAAGAUACAUUUACAUCCGCCGAGUAAAGCUUUCCCAAAGUCUCUAAAAUUCCCUGUUCCAACAAUUGCUGUAGACUGCAAAGGGGAUUUGUUCAAAGGUUGCACAACACUUAAAACUUCUCGUGAUCUCAGGCUAAAAUCAGAAUCUCCCAACUGGUUGUCAGUUAAGAGCCCAAGCAGAGCUCCUGUGGAAUUGGAAACGUUCCGAGACGAACAACUUUUUGCAGAUUUCGGAUAUGAAUCGUGUUUUUUGCUGGUUACUACUUUGCUCACUUCUAUGUAUUAUUUAAUAAAAUAAAAUUUUGGAUUAUUCAAU